UCACGGCUCACUGAGCGUUUUCUCGCGAGUUAACCAUCUCCCAACUUUCAUCAAACACAACAAAACAAAAAAGAAACACAAGAUAUGCCUGAACAAGACCUUGUCGAAUACGCCCGCGACGCCGCAAGUCGCGGCGACGACUUGUUUGCGCUCCUCGCGACCGAUGCCACAGCGUCGGAAGCCGACAUCCGCAGAGCAUUCCGGCGCAAGGCGCUCACAGCGCACCCUGACAAGGCCGGUGACGCCUACGACCCGGCUCUUUACGAGCGUCUGGAGCGCGCACGCGAUGUGCUUCUCACCCCGGCAGCCCGCGAGGCCUACGACAAUGGCAUGCGCGCCGCUCUACGAAAGAAGAUGGAGUUGGAGCAGAUGUCCCUCAAGAGGCGGCAGCUAGUCGAAGACCUAGAGCGGAGGGAAGAGAUGGCCAAGCGCGCCAAGACUAUGAGCACGCAGACCCCUGACCCGGAGCGUGCUGCCAUGGCCGCGAGGGGAAGGGCCAAGCUGGAAGAGAUGAGGCGGCUGAGAGAGGAGGCUGAGAAGCGGGAAAGGCUCGCGAGGGAGAAGGAGGCCGCCGUGACAUCAGGAGGUGAACCAAAAAAGGUUGGGGAAGGUCAAAACGGCCAGAUUACAUCUACGCAGACCAGUGAGGACUACGAUGAACGCAUUGCUGAGCUUGAGAAACGUCUCAAGGAGAAGCAGCAGCGUAGGGCCGAGAAGGAACAGCGCAAGGCAGAGAAGAAGUCAAAGAAGGCUGGGACGCCGCCGGCGGCCCCGUCCCCAGAAAGGGAGACCUCCAACAAUCCUCCACCACCUCCCACUGCCACAGGACUUCAGGCUGACGAAGACAAGAUCUCCACGCCCGCACAAUCUGCAGACAAUCCCCCCAAGGCUGCCGGUUUUGCGUCUACUUUGGCAAGACUUCGCGCUGCCCAGGCGAAGAAAGACGAGGAGAAGAGGAGAAAAGCACCGGGAGAAGCUGCGACAGCAGGAGCAUGAUUGUGUUGUGCAUGCCAGAUAGACCUAUGAUACCCUACUAAUAGAAUCGUCCAGUAGAUCGUCCAGCAGACAACCUCAAGUGAAUUCAAUCCAUUAUAUGAUAUUGCGACCC